GCAGCGCCCGGGCGGCGCGCCGAGAACUGAGAGGCAGCGGGUGGGAGCCAGAGUCGGCCGUCGCGGUCCCGGACGCUUCUGUGUCACUGUCUGCUGUGCUCUGCCCCCAUCCUCGCCGCGCGCUGCCCUCACGGGACUCGGAGGAGCCCCAGUCGCUCCCGACGGGACUGGGGAGUCGGGACUGGGGAGUCGGGACUGGGAAGCCGGCGCUGAGGGAGGGAUCGGGUCCGAGCGGCCGAGCCCAAGGCCCCCGGGCGUGGAAGGGGGGGCUAAGGCCCCCAAGGGGGCCCCGCCGCGAUGGGCAACCUAGAGAGCGCGGAGGGGGGCCCGUGCGAGCCGCCGUCGGUGUCGUUGCUGCUGCCGCCAGGCAAGAUGCCGAUGCCUGAACCCUGUGAGCUGGAGGAGAGGUUCGCCCUGGUGCUGAGCUCCAUGAACCUGCCUCCUGACAAGGCCCGGCUCCUGCGGCAGUAUGACAAUGAGAAGAAAUGGGAUCUGAUCUGUGACCAGGAACGAUUCCAGGUGAAAAAUCCUCCCCAUACUUAUAUCCAGAAACUCCAGAGCUUCUUGGACCCCAGUGUAACUCGGAAGAAGUUCAGGAGGAGAGUGCAAGAGUCGACCAAAGUACUAAGGGAACUAGAGAUUUCACUUCGUACCAACCACAUUGGGUGGGUCCGGGAGUUUCUGAAUGAUGAAAACAAAGGCCUGGAUGUGCUGGUGGAUUACCUGUCCUUUGCCCAGUGUUCUGUCAUGUUUGACUUUGAGGGUCUGGAGAGUGGUGAUGAUGGUGCAUUUGACAAACUCCGGUCCUGGAGCAGGUCAAUCGAAGACCUGCAACCGCCCAGCGCCCUGUCGGCCCCCUUCACCAACAGCCUCGCUCGCUCUGCGCGCCAGUCUGUGCUCCGGUACAGCACUCUGCCUGGCCGCAGGGCCUUGAAGAACUCCCGCCUGGUAAGCCAAAAAGAUGACGUCCACGUCUGUAUCCUUUGUCUCAGAGCCAUCAUGAAUUAUCAGUAUGGCUUCAACUUGGUCAUGUCCCAUCCCCAUGCUGUCAAUGAGAUUGCACUUAGCCUCAACAACAAGAAUCCAAGGACCAAAGCCUUGGUCUUGGAGCUCUUAGCAGCUGUGUGUUUGGUGCGAGGAGGUCACGAAAUCAUCCUGGCUGCCUUUGACAAUUUCAAAGAGGUGUGCAAGGAGCUGCACCGCUUUGAGAAGCUGAUGGAGUAUUUCCGUAAUGAGGACAGCAACAUUGACUUCAUGGUGGCCUGCAUGCAGUUCAUCAACAUUGUGGUACACUCAGUGGAGGAUAUGAACUUCCGGGUCCACCUACAGUAUGAGUUUACAAAGCUGGGACUGGAGGAGUUCCUUCAGAAGUCAAGGCAUACGGAAAGUGAGAAGUUGCAGGUGCAGAUUCAGGCAUACCUCGACAAUGUGUUUGAUGUAGGGGGUUUGUUGGAAGAUGCUGAGACCAAGAAUGUAGCCCUGGAGAAGGUGGAAGAACUAGAAGAGCAUGUGUCUCACCUCACAGAGAAGCUUCUGGACCUGGAGAAUGAGAACAUGAUGCGGGUGGCAGAGCUAGAGAAGCAGCUGCUUCAGCGAGAAAAAGAGCUGGAGAGCAUCAAGGAGACAUAUGAGAACACAAGCCACCAGGUGCAUACCCUGCGGAGGCUCAUUAAGGAGAAGGAAGAAGCCUUCCAGCGCCGAUGCCACAUGGAGCCAAGUGCUCGUGGCUUGGAGCCCAUGGGUGUUGAGGCCCUGACCAGAGCAGGCCCUGCAGAGCUGAGCGAGGGCAUACCACCCUCAGACCUGGACCUGCUAGCUCCAGCCCCACCUGCCGAGGAGGCCCUUCCUUUGCCCCCACCACCGGCUCCUCCCUUGCCCCCGCCUCCUCCCCCUUUACCAGGCAAGUGUCCCCCAGCCCCACCUCUCCCUGGAGCUGCUCCCUCUGUGGUAUUGACAGUGGGCCUGUCAGCCAUUCGCAUUAAGAAACCUAUCAAGACCAAGUUCCGGUUGCCGGUCUUCAACUGGACAGCAUUGAAACCCAAUCAGAUCAGUGGCACUGUCUUCAGUGAACUGGAUGAUGAGAAGAUCUUGGAGGACCUGGAUCUGGACAAGUUUGAAGAAUUGUUUAAGACGAAAGCUCAGGGCCCUGCCCUUGACCUCAUCUGCUCCAAGAAUAAGACAGCACAAAAAGCUGCCAGCAAGGUGACCCUGUUGGAAGCCAACCGUGCCAAGAACCUGGCCAUCACCCUGCGCAAGGCUGGCCGCUCAGCUGAGGAGAUUUGCAGGGCUAUUCACACGUAUGACCUACAGACAUUACCUGUGGAUUUUGUGGAAUGCCUAAUGCGCUUCCUGCCCACGGAGGCUGAAGUGAAGCUACUGCGGCAAUACGAGCGUGAGCGGCAGCCUCUAGAGGAGCUAGCAGCUGAGGACCGCUUCAUGUUGCUCUUCAGCAAGGUGGAGCGGCUGACUCAGCGAAUGGCUGGCAUGGCCUUUCUGGGCAACUUCCAGGACAACCUACAGAUGCUCACACCGCAACUCAAUGCCAUAAUUGCAGCCUCUGCCUCCGUCAAGUCUUCACAGAAGCUGAAGCAGAUGCUGGAGAUCAUACUUGCAUUGGGAAACUACAUGAAUAGCAGCAAGCGAGGAGCUGUGUAUGGCUUCAAGCUCCAGAGCCUAGAUCUGCUACUGGACACUAAGUCCACUGACCGGAAGAUGACUCUGCUGCAUUUCAUCGCCUUGACAGUGAAGGAGAAAUACCCAGACCUAACUAACUUUUGGCAUGAGCUGCACUUUGUGGAGAAGGCUGCAGCAGUGUCCCUGGAGAAUGUGCUGCUAGACGUAAAGGAGCUGGGCCGGGGCAUGGAGCUGAUUCGGCGAGAAUGCAGCAUUCAUGACAAUAGUGUCCUUCGGAGCUUCCUCAGCACCAAUGAAGGCAAACUGGAUAAGCUCCAGCGUGACGCCAAGACAGCAGAGGAGGCCUACAAUGCAGUUGUGCGCUACUUUGGAGAGAGUCCCAAGACCACACCUCCUUCUGUAUUUUUUCCAGUAUUUGUCCGAUUCAUUCGUUCUUACAAGGAAGCAGAACAAGAGAAUGAAGCCCGCAAGAAGCAGGAGGAGGUAAUGCGGGAGAAACAGCUGGCUCAGGAAGCCAAGAAGCUGGAUGCCAAGACCCCAUCCCAGCGGAACAAAUGGCAACAGCAGGAGCUAAUUGCAGAGUUGAGGCGACGCCAGGCUAAGGAGCACCGACCAGUUUAUGAGGGAAAAGAUGGUACCAUUGAGGACAUCAUCACAGUGUUGAAGAGUGUCCCUUUCACGGCUCGUACUGCCAAGCGGGGCUCACGCUUCUUCUGUGAUGCAGCCCACCAUGAUGAGUCAAACUGUUAACCCCCAAGGCUGAGGCCCCUGACAGGCCUCCAACGCCAACCCAUUGUUGUUCGCCACCAAGCGCGGAAUGCUGCACCACCCAGUGGCCCCCCUCGGGCUCCAGGCCCCCACUGAGACCCUCUUGGAGGCAGAAGCACUUCAAUCCUCAGUCCUGCAAAGUUCCGCCAGUGGACCUGAAGCCAAGGGUCUGGCAGAAGGUUAUGCUGCUCUCAGCUGUGCCACCCCAGCACUCGGGCUGGAUCUUACCUAUGCCAUUGUGGGCACUAGGCCUAUUACAGACCUGGAACUUCCCUAGUGCCUCCAGUACUGUACUUUGCCCCUGUGGUCUUCAAUUUCAUUCCUUAAAAGGUCAUCAAGGGGUUAGCUCAAAGCUGGGAAAACCCAUUUCCAGCUUUACCUUAUACAGGGGGCACCUAAGCCCCUCUCCCCUGCUAGAGCCCAGUGAGAAGAGAGGGGAAAAGCUUAGUCUCCCUGCUUUUUUCCCCUUUCUUUUCACAGUUCCAUGGUCAGCACUAGUCUAGCAGUAUACAGGCGUCCUGGAACCCUGCCAAUCUCAGAUCAUCUCUUAUGAGGAGCAAGGAAGGCCCUUUUAUGCUUGGACCCACCCAGCUGCACUCUCAUGAUAAGUGUAGAGGAGUGAUGCCAGGCCUACUGUCCUUCUCCUUGGCCAAUUAAAGUUACAUGCUGUUCUUGCUGCA